AUGUUCCCUUACCACCACUGCUCCGUAGCGGCUCCGUCUGCCGCCGCUUUGCUGCCUCAGUUUGGACGAUACGCAAAUAAGUGAAAACUCUGAGGCGGUUGGCUCAUCGUCUGCUGAUAGUUCCCGUAAACAUGGCAAGCCCACAGAGAGAAACAGCUGAGGAACGUCGGAAAAAGGUGCUGGUCGGAGAGCUGCCAGAAGACUUUCUCCGACUCAAUGUCUCGCCGCCGGCGGAAUCUGUUGAGGCAUCCGGAGACCUCUCCCCGGGUUCGCAGAGGGCGCGUCAAAUAGCUUCAGAUGAGCAGGCAGCGAUAGCCAUGCAACGCCAAAUGGAGAUGCUCACAACUUCCCAAAAUCUUGGGAGACUCACGCUGACAGUUGUCGAGGCUCGCUUGGUCAAGAAUUACGGUAUGACCAGGAUGGAUCCCUACGUCCGGCUCCGCAUCGGCCACAAUAUCUACGAAACCAAUACCCACUACAAUGGAGCAAAAAACCCGCGCUGGGAUAAAGUUUUCCAUUGUUUUAUACCGCCUGGAGUCAACUCAUUCCUCAUUGAAAUUUUCGACGAGUGCGCGUUCACAGCGAGCGAAAAGAUUGCGUGGGCGCAUGUGCAGAUUCCCGAGGCCGUUAUAACGGCUGGCGAGACCAAUGAGGAAUGGAUCCCUCUGAAUGGGAAGCAGGGCGAUGGCAAGGAGGGUGCAAUCAAUCUCGUGAUGAGCUACACGGUGAUCCCCCGGGGCUCCAUGAUAUCACCGCAAGUCAUGUAUCUAAACGGUAGCCCCGUACCUACUACGUACGGUUACGGAUCCUCGGUCCGUCCUGUGACCACGGUUGUGCAGGGUGUGCCCAUGCAUCCGACCGGAAUUGCACCGGGUCCCGUGCUCCAAGCGCCAGCCAUGGUCCAACCGGUGCAGCCCCGUCCCGAACCACCUGCUCCAACACCGAUUACUGAGGAGGAUUUCAAGCAGCUGCAAGAAAUGUUCCCAUCGGUCGAGAAGACGGUCAUCGAGAGCGUUCUGGAGUCACACAACGGCGACAAGAAUCGAGCCAUAUCCGACUUGUUACAGCUCACGAAUUAAAUUGUUCUACUUAUUCUAUGCGUUCAGGAGCUGUACCGUGGUUUUGUAUAGAGUUUCGAAGACGUCAAAACGACUCUGAUCAACAUUCCGAAAUUGAAUUGUGUUAGUGUCAUGUGGCGGACCUUGUUUCUUACUAAGUAGCACCCGUGUUCUGUUGAAGAUGCAAUCCUAGUCAAAACGGAGUGCCUAUGUGUUUUGAAUCAUCGAAGAAUGAAGGACUUCCGAUUCUCUUCCGCGGUGACGUGUACGAUAAAAUCGCCAAAACUCUAGUUCGAUUGGAGCGACUCAGGGUUUACGGAGGACCCAUAAUAAAAAUAUCAACCAA